CACACGCUCGGGCUACGGUACUGCGAGACGCGGCGCCGACGAAGGUGGAAAUGCGAGUUUAUCCUCGUUAGACGCGUUGGUUGCGUGGGGCGAGGUUGAAACUCCCUGUUCGCCGUGCGAACCGUACUUUGCGAGAAGUAGAUACGAGUUUAUUUCUUACGGUUCCACACAGGUUGCAGAAUUUUUCGAGACCCGGAAUUUUUCCGAGACGCAAGAAAGUAUAAGGAUUUCACUUCAUCUUCAGCGAAAAUAAUCCGACUUCCGCGAAAAUUUGCACGAACGAAAUUUCUAAAAGUCUUCGAAAAGAAAUUUAAAAUUCAAAGACGCGAUAUACGGCGUAUCGUUCAGCAUUAUUCCUAAAUUUGAGUACACCUCAAGUACGCUGUAUCGAUCGUUACGAAGGAAGAGCCGAGUCGCGUAGAAAAUCAACAACUCGGGUAUCCGUGGUAACUUGACGAAUCAAAGGGCGCGUCAGGAGGAGAGACAACCAUCAGACUUCAGACUCAAACACGGACUCGUCAGAGUCCAUGAUAUCAAAGUAGUAAUUGGAGAUGAUUGGCAUGCGCUCUUGUAGAAUCCAACAAAUCCGGUUCGAUCUCUGCUCGACCGUUGUCUCUGCGUGGAGCAUAAAACGAAGGUAAUCUGCGCACAAUUUGCGGCGGGAUCUUCGGAAUUAUUCUCCCCUCUGCUUCGUUAUCAUGGGCAACGAGAAGAAGAUGGAUAUUAUCAGCGUCGCGGAGAAAUCCCAGAAAAAGAGUUUGCUGGAGAGAUACGGCAUACCGGUGGAACAUCUCUCGUACGAGUUCAUAUCGCAGUGCGCCGAUGGAAGAACACUGGAGCGGAUCGUUCUCAUCUUGCGUUCUGGGGAAGAGGGAAUGUAUCCAGAUUUGACGAAGCACGCGGAGGAACGUCUCGCUAAGAUUAAGCCGAUGAGCGCCGUUCUGCGGAAGGCGGAGCCAGUUUUGAGACGAAAUAUGUUGAACACAGACGAACGGCAGGAAAUCGACGACGACAUCAACAAUUGGACUUGCGAGAUGCUAUCCCGAGAGAAAGACCUGGAUGAGGGAAAAGCUAUCUUCGCCAACGAACCCUGUCCGCAGGCGGAAGUUCGAAAGAUUAAAACAAAUGCCACGAAAGAUAAAACAUCAAAGAUCAAUGAGAAAAAACGCAAUAAGUCCAAACGAAUAUCCUCAUGUGAUUACGCGGCUUGGGAUAAAUAUGACGUCGAUACAGAGAUAAAUAGGAUAGAUCUGCAGGACGAGCAGCGACAGGCCGAAAUGAAGAGAAUUCAAGAACGGCGAAAGGAGCUGGAUAAAACGAAUGAGAUGGCACAUAAAACGACAAUCGAUAAAAUUUCAUUAACCGGCACGGAAAUAAACGUAAUGGCGGAACAAGAAAGAGAAAAGGGGAAUGAAGCCUUCAAAGCGGCAGAUUACAGGGAAGCUCUUCGACACUAUAAUGCUAGCAUCGACAUAGACUCGAAUCUAAAUGCUUACAACAAUCGUGCGAUUACGUUGAUAAAGCUACAGCAUUAUGAAGAUGCGCUUAAUGAUUGCAAUACGGUACUCACUAUGGAUUACAAAAAUAUUAAAGCACUUCUUCGCCGAGCAUUAGCCUUGGAACACCUCGAAAAGGCGCAUGAGGCUUUGGCAGAUUACGAAGCUGUUUUAAAAUUAGAGCCCACUAACAAAAUAGCAAUAUCCGGCGUGAAUAAACUAAGAAAACCAUGCGUAUCAAGGAAAAUAAGGAUGAAGAUUGAGGAAAAUAUCAACGACGACGAAAACAAGGACGGACGAAUAAAGCUGGAGAGAACUGUGGAAGCGAACAGCAUUGAAUGUCCGAAAUCGCGUGUUAACAGCAAUAUAUGUUAUUGCGACAGAGCGCCAGGCUCGUCGAGAAAUGUUGCGACGAAGCCGCACUUAAAAGCGAGUUACUGCGUGGAAACCGAGAGCAACAAAGCAAUAGCAGCAGCGGCAGCAGCGGCAGUAGCAGUGGCGGAUACCGCAGCAAAUAAAAGCAACAGCAAAACAACACGCGACUCCUCAAGCGGCAAUAAAUUAUCACCUGUUACGAAGGAUUUUGGCGCCAGAAAUAAAACGUCGAAAUCACAAGACGCUGUCAGGAGCGACGAUAUUUUCACAAUUUCCCGCGAGUCACUUCCUGAACAGCGUGGCGCGAAGAGCAGAUUGGAAAAGUCUAUCUUUUCGUGCGUGUCGUCGUCUGUGGGUAGGACGAAGCCAUCCACGGUUAUCAUCGAAGAGCUUCCGAGCGACGAAGCGUGCGAGAAACCAAGGAAACCUGUCGACUCCAGCGCGGCGAAAGUGGAAGCGAAGAAAGGAACUGAUAGCCUGAUAGAAGAGAAAAGUACACCAACCAAAAAAUCAUGUGUGAAUAAAAAUAUGGAAUUAAACUCUCUCGGAAAGGAGAGCAAAACCAAAAUGAGCUUAACACCUGGUAAAAUUCAAGCCGGCGAAAGUGAGAAAUCGAAGAAAAUUAUUGAUUCUAACGAAGCGAAGGUGGAAACGAAGAAAAUAACAAAUCUAAAAGAGAAGAAAGAUACAUCGCUAAACAAAAAAUUAGAUGUAAAUAAGAAUAAAAAGCUGAUUUCUUCUGAAAAAGAAGGGAAGAAUAGAACGAGCGGAACGUCGAACAAAAUUAUCGAAUCUAACGAAGGCCGAAAGGAAAAUAUCAAUAUGAAAAUGGAUUUUCAAAAACUCGACAACAUUGAAUCUCCUUAUGAAUUUCUACGUUUAUGGCAAUCCCUGAAGGACGACGUAAGUCUGGAGUUGCACGCAAAACUUUUGCGAUGUAUAGCUAGCGAGGAUAUGAACAAAAUUAUAGGCAACAAAUUGGACGCAGCGAUGUUCAGUCUCAUUUUACGUUGCUUGGAACAACAUUUUUGUGCUUUGGAAGAUAAGGAAUUGCUCGCAAGUUUGCUGUAUUCUCUGAGCCGACUGAAUCGAUUCUCCAUCGUUAGCAUGUUCAUGGAUCUCGAGGAUAAGAAAGCUCUGGGAAAUAUACUAAGCUUUCUGGAAAAGGAGAAUUCACCUAGGAUUUCGCAAUUACGACAGAUUUACAUUAUUUAAAAAGCGUUAUCAUCGAAUUAUCAUUGAAUACAUACAUAAGUUUUAAAUAUUUCAUUAUUUAACGCUAUUUCAAACGAAACAGUAAUUAAUUUCAUUCGACGAACAAUUUCUCAGAAAGAAUCGCUAUCGCUAAGAAUUGGAUUUCUUUCCUU